ACCUAACGAGAAGGCACAGACAGAAAGACAGACCAAAAGGAAGUAAGAGAGAAGAACACACACAAGUUACCUAGGAAUGAGAUACCAACAGAAACAGAGACAAGAUGGCCUGCGUGAGGCAGGGAAGCAGACAGGCCUGAGCCCCACAGGCCCAGACACUCAGGCAAAGCCAAAUAAAGGUGGAAGCAUAGCAGCCAAGUGGGCAGAAGGAGCCGAGUGAGGGCCCCGCCAGGGGAGGGAGACAGACAAGCGGGCAAGCAGGAGACAUGGCCAAGGUGAGAAGGGAAAUCGGUGAGACAAAUGGGGUGAGGAAGAGGGCAAAAAAAAAAAAAGCUAAACCAAAUAACAGACCACAGGUGCAAAGGAUUACAGGGAGGAGAAAAAUCGCUAAACUCUGAAAAGGAAGAGGGCCAGGUGGAAAGAGGAAGGGACCAGGGGGACAGGCACAAACUAGAAGAGGGACAGUGAGGGCCAGGGAGGGAAAUGAGGGGGGGAGGAAAAGCAAGUAACCUGGAGAGGCAUAGGCAGGGACAGGGCAAGUGCCCAUGGAAGGGGGCCUGGUUCACACUGAGGUGCAUCCACCCAGGGGGUCUGGAGGAGGGGUGGUCAAUCCCCAGAGCCCACAAACCCCAAGGCAUGGGGAGGGAUGAGGACCGAAGGCCAGCCCAGGACACAGAAAUGAGCGGGGAUGGGGGUAGGACCACCAAGGAAAAGGCAAAGUGGACCCCAGAGUGGCUAAGGAUAGAAGAGUGGAUUUGGGGGAAGAGGGUGGAAAAGUGAACAGGAAGACAGCCUCCAAGUGCAAGGGCAGAGGAGGAGGACAGGGGAGCAGGGCCCCAGGCAGAGCACAGAAUGGACGGAGAGAAGUGGAUAGAGAGCCACACCUGGUGGUGUGGGCACCACCAGAAGAGCCAGACAAGAGACAGGGGAGUUUUGAGAGAGAGAGCGAGAGAUCAACAGAGAGACACCAAGAAAGAGUUAGGCUAACAGCAAAGAAGAGAGAAGUUGGACAGAGUCAGAGAGAAGCCCAAGAGAACACGAAAUGGAGAUUGUAAAACAUAGACAUUCCAGGAGACGGAGAGCGGAUGGGAUAGGGAUAGGCCCAUGGCAGGCGGAGAGGAUGAGCCUUGGAGGAAAGAAGAGAGAUGGAAAGAGAGAGAGAGCAGAGCCGGUCACCACGGGACCAGGGCUGGAGAAAGCAGGGGCGGAGACUGGCUGAGAGUCCCGGACAAGGAGUGUGCCCACAAGUAAGAGCCAGGCAGCCCCUCAGGACCCCAGAGGCUGGGGGCUGGGGGUGAGGCUGAGCUAUGCACCCAGAAGAACGAGUCAGAGACGUGAACGUUGAUUGGUCGAACGGCCGGAGCCAGACGGACGCUGAUUGGGCGCGUUCGGCCGUUCCCGGAGCGGCCGAGAAGGAAGCCCAGGGCCUUGCUGCCGCCAUGACUGAGGAGUCCGAGGAGACAGUCCUGUACAUCGAACACCGCUAUGUCUGCUCCGAGUGCAACCAGCUGUAUGGGUCCCUGGAGGAGGUGCUCGUGCACCAGAACUCCCAUGUGCCCCAGCAGCACUUUGAGCUGGUGGGCGUGGCUGACCCCGGAGUCACAGUGGCAGCGGAGGCAGCUUCGGGCACGGGCCUCUACCAGACCCUGGUGCAAGAGAGCCAGUACCAGUGCCUGGAGUGUGGGCAGCUGCUGAUGUCCCCCAGCCAGCUCCUGGAGCACCAGGAGCUGCACCUGAAGAUGAUGACUCCCCCAGAGGCAGUGCCGGCGGAGCCGCCGCCCAAGGGCCCCACGCUGAGCUCCAGUACCAUCCACUAUGAGUGUGUGGAUUGCAAGGCUCUUUUUGCCAGCCAGGAGCUCUGGCUGAACCACCGGCAGACGCACCUCCGGGGCACUCCCACCAAGCCUUCGGCCCCAGUGGUCCUGGGGUCCCCGGUGGUCCUGGGGCCCCCUGUGGGCCAGGCCCGCGUGGCUGUGGAGCACUCCUACCGCAAGGCAGAGGAGGGUGGGGAAGGGGCAGCUGUCCCUUCUGCUGCCGCUGCCACCACUGAGGUGGUCACUGAGGUGGAGCUUCUCCUCUACAAGUGCUCAGAGUGCUCCCAGCUCUUCCAGCUUCCAGCCGACUUCCUGGAGCACCAGGCCACCCACUUCCCUGCCCCAGUCCCUGAGUCAGAGGAGCCUGCUGUGCAUCCGGAGACCCUGACUCCGUCACCUGCAGAGGUGCCUGUGUCCCAGCCCGACACCCUGCCAUCCUCUGACCACAGUUAUGAGUUGCGCAACGGUGAAGCCAUUGGGCGGGAUCGCCGGGGGCGCAAGGCCCGGAGGAACAACAGCGGAGAGCCAGGCGGGACAGCCACCCAGGAGCUCUUCUGCUCCGCAUGUGACCAGCUCUUUCUCUCUCCUCACCAGCUACAGCAGCAUCUGCGGAGUCACCGGGAGGGUGUCUUUAAAUGCCCUCUGUGCAGUCGUGUCUUCCCCAGCCCUUCCAGUCUAGACCAGCACCUCGGAGACCACAGCAGUGAGUCUCACUUCCUGUGUGUGGACUGUGGCCUGGCCUUUGGCACAGAGGCCCUGCUCCUGGCCCACCGGCGAGCCCAUACCCCGAAUCCUCUGCAUUCGUGUCCGUGUGGAAAGACCUUCGUCAACCUCACCAAGUUCCUGUAUCACCGGCGUACACAUGGGGCAGGGGGCGUCCCUUUGCCUACCACACCAGUCCCCCCGGAGGAGCCUGUCAUUGGGUUCCCCGAGCCAGCCCCGGCAGAGACUGGAGAGUCCGAGGCGCCAGAGCCUCCGGCAACUGAAGAGAGCUCAGAAGGGCCGACUGCCCCAGGCACUUACCGCUGCCUCCUAUGCAGCCGGGAGUUCGGCAAGGCCUUGCAGCUGACCCGGCACCAACGUUUCGUGCAUCGGCUGGAGCGGCGCCACAAGUGUGGCAUCUGUGGCAAGAUGUUUAAGAAGAAGUCUCACGUGCGUAACCACCUGCGCACGCACACCGGCGAGCGGCCCUUCCCCUGUCCGGACUGCUCCAAGCCCUUCAACUCGCCUGCCAACCUGGCCCGCCACCGGCUCACGCACACAGGGGAGCGGCCCUACCGGUGCGGGGACUGUGGCAAGGCCUUCACGCAGAGUUCCACACUGCGGCAGCAUCGCCUGGUGCACGCCCAGCACUUCCCCUACCGCUGCCAGGAAUGCGGGGUGCGCUUUCAUCGCCCCUACCGCCUGCUCAUGCACCGCUACCACCACACGGGCGAGUACCCCUACAAGUGUCGCGAGUGCCCCCGCUCCUUCCUGCUGCGCCGGUUGCUGGAGGUGCACCAGCUCGUGGCCCAUGCCGGGCGCCAGCCCCACCGCUGCCCAUCCUGUGGGGCCGCCUUCCCUUCCUCCCUGCGGCUCCGUGAGCAUCGCUGCGCCGCUGCUGCAGCCCAGGCCCCCCGGCGCUUCGAGUGCGGCACCUGUGGCAAGAAAGUGGGCUCGGCAGCCCGGUUGCAGGCGCAUGAGGCGGCCCAUGCAGCUGCUGGGCCGGGCGAGGUCCUGGCUAAGGAGCCCCCCGCCCCCCGGGUCCCCCGGGCCACUCGCACACCAGUCACCUCCCCGACCACCCUGGGGGCUGCGGCCUCUGCAGCUCCCACGGCCCCUGCCCGACGCCGGGGCCUGGAGUGUAGUGAGUGUAAGAAGCUGUUCAGCACAGAGACCUCGCUGCAGGUGCACCGGCGCAUCCACACAGGUGAGCGGCCAUACCCGUGUCCGGACUGCGGCAAGGCCUUCCGCCAGAGUACCCACCUGAAGGACCACCGGCGCCUCCACACAGGUGAGCGGCCCUUUGCCUGCGAAGUGUGCGGCAAGGCCUUCGCCAUCUCCAUGCGCUUGGCAGAACAUCGCCGCAUUCACACGGGGGAGCGGCCUUACUCCUGCCCUGACUGUGGCAAGAGCUACCGCUCCUUCUCCAACCUCUGGAAGCACCGCAAGACCCACCAGCAGCAGCAUCAGGCAGCUGUGCGGCAGCAGCUGGCUGAGGCCGAGGCCGCCGUUGGUCUGGCCGUCAUGGAGACUGCCGUGGAGGCACUGCCCCUGGUGGAGGCCAUUGAGAUCUACCCUCUGGCUGAGGCUGAGGGGGUCCAGAUCAGUGGCUGACCCUGCCCCCCCUUCCCUCUUCAGCAGCACCAGGCCCUGUUGCCGAAGAACUUCUCCAGCAUCCCUUUAAGUCUCUGUAGAUACUGUGCCCCUUCCUCCACCUUUCCUAACCGCUGUGUAAGUUCUGUAACUGGAUUCUCUUUUCCAAGGGGUCGCUCUGGGGUCCUUGAUAUGCAUAAAAGGUGCCCCACCCCACCCCCACCUUCCACCUGUUAGUGCUGGUGGCCCCAAGGUGAAAAAUAAAGACUGAAUUGGACAUUUUA